AAGCAAUGCGAGAUGAUGAUGAUGAUGAUGAUGAUGAGGCAGACGGCGCUCGGAUGGGUGUUUGGGAUGGAAAAGGCGGAUUCUCAUCGCUGUUUGUGUUGGGAAGUUGCGGCGAGCUGGUUUAGGCAGUGAUGGAGCGGUGUGGGUUUUGGGCUUUUAUCAAGGUGGAAGUAGUGCAAGGAAAAUGAAAUAGCUGGAGAAGUUAAAUAAAUUAUGGAGGCUAAUUAGCGCUGCAACAUAGCUGCGGUAUAGGAGCGAAGGCAAAUCAAUGUUGGAUUGGGAGGAGAAGAAGAAAUACUGCAAGAGUGCUGUGGAUGGAGAGCAGCAACAUGGCCAGGAGACCCUGCCCAGGCUGGAGCGUGGAAUGAUUCCUGCAAAAUGCUAAAGGACUUGCAGUGAAUGGAGGAGGACACUUCUAGCUAAAGAUUUAACUUGCCUAAAGAUAUCAAGGGUUUGCCCCGGAGCCGGCGGGACGGCAUCGCCAUGUUCCGGAACAGUCUCAAGAUGAUGGAGGGAACGAGGAGCCACCAGACCGAAGACAGGCAAGUGUAGACUCCCGUCAGAGCCGAGCUGGGCAAGGCACCUCCACAGAGAACGACUGUGCUUUUGAACCCGACUACGCAAUUCCUCCUCUCCCAGUGACCGAAGGUAUGCAGCACAUUCGGAUAAUGGAGGGCAUGUCCCGCUCCCUUCCAUCCUCCCCCUUACUCACACAUCAGUCUAUCAGUGUUCGGCUCCAACCUGUGAAGAAGUUAACUGCCCCUCUGAGGAAAGCAAAGUUUGUUGAGAGCCCUCGAAUCCCCGAGUCCGAGCUUGGCUCCCCAACCCUCUCUGCCCAGAAGCUGGACGUGGAUGCAUUCUGCCCUGGUGACACUGAGCAAGAGCUGGGACCCCCUCCAUCCGUAGAUGAGGCAGCGAACACACUCAUGACUCGCCUGGGCUUCCUCCUCGGAGAGAAAGUCACGGAGGUUCAGCCAGGGCCCCAGUACAGCAUGGAGGUGCAGGACGAGAACCAGAGCUCGGCGGUGACGCAGCGCAUCAGCCCCUGCUCCACCCUGACGAGCAGCACGGCCUCGCCGCCCGCCAGCAGCCCCUGCUCCACGCUGCCACCCGUCAGCGCCACCGUCACAGCCAAGGACUGCACCUACGGCGCUGUCACCAGCCCCACGUCCACGCUGGAGAGCAGGGACAGCGGCAUCAUCGCUACGUUGACAAGUUACUCUGAGAAUGUGGAACGCACUAAAUACGGAGGGGAAAGCAGUAAGGAGCUUGGAUCUGGGGGAAACCUGAAGCAGUGGCAAUCCCAGAAAUCCAGCAUGGACUCCUGCCUGUACCGUGUGGAUGAGAACAUGUCAGCCUCCACCUACAGCCUCAACAAAAUCCCCGAGAGGAACCUGGAGACCGUCCUGUCCCAGUCAGUGCAGUCAAUUCCUCUGUACCUUAUGCCACGGCCAAAUUCAGUAGCAGCCACCAGCUCAGCCCACCUGGAGGAUCUGGCUUACCUGGACGAGCAGAGGCACACUCCCCUGCGCACGUCGCUGCGGAUGCCGCGCCAGAGCGUGGCCAGCGCCCGGGCACAGCAGGACCUCAGAGGGCCGGGACUGGGUGUUCCACGAGAUCGACGCGCAGCUGCAGAGCUCCAACGCCAGCGUCAACCGCGGCGUGGUCAUCGUCGGCAACAUCGGCUUCGGCAAAACCGCCAUCAUCUCCAGGCUGGUGGCGCUCAGCUGCCACGGCACCAGGAUGAGGCAGAUUGCUUCAGAUAGCCCCCACGCCUCUCCAAAACAUGUGGAUGCCAACCGGGAGCUGCCCUUGGCACAGCCAGAGGAAGAUCCCUGAUGAAGAUUUCAUUAUAUUAAUUGAUGGUUUAAAUGAGGCUGAAUUUCACAAGCCAGAUUAUGGAGACACCAUAGUAUCGUUCCUGAGCAAAAUGAUUGGAAAAUUCCCUUCCUGGCUGAAGCUGGUUGUGACAGUCAGGACAAGUCUACAGGAAAUAAUUAAGCUGUUGCCCUUCCACAGAAUAUUUUUGGAUAGACUGGAGGAGAAUGAAGCCAUCGACCAGGACCUGCAGGCAUACAUCCUUCACCGGAUCCACAGCAGCUCGGAGAUCCAGAACAACAUCUCGCUCAACGGCAAAAUGGACAACACUACGUUUGGCAAACUCAGUUCUCACCUCAAGACCUUGAGCCAAGGCUCCUACCUGUACCUGAAACUUACUUUUGAUCUCAUAGAGAAAGGAUACCUAGUUCUAAAAAGCUCCAGCUACAAAGUGGUGCCAGUGUCCCUGUCCGAAGUGUACCUGUUGCAGUGCAAUAUGAAGUUCCCAACACAGUCUUCCUUUGAUCGGGUCAUGCCUCUCUUGAACGUAGCAGUGGCUUCUCUGCACCCAUUAACAGAUGAACAUAUUUUUCAGGCCAUUAAUGCAGGUAACAUUGAGGGCACUUUGGAGUGGGAGGACUUUCAGCAGAGGAUGGAGAACCUUUCUAUGUUUCUUAUCAAACGUAGAGACAUGACGCGAAUGUUUGUUCAUCCCUCUUUCCGAGAAUGGCUUAUUUGGAGAGAAGAAGGUGAAAAAACCAAGUUUCUUUGUGAUCCAAGGAGUGGCCACACACUGCUUGCCUUCUGGUUUUCUCGACAAGAAGGAAAAUUAAACAGACAGCAGACUAUUGAACUGGGACACCACAUCCUCAAAGCACAUAUUUUUAAGGGUCUGAGUAAAAAAGUUGGGGUAUCUUCCUCCAUCCUGCAAGGGCUUUGGAUCUCCUACAGUACUGAAGGUCUUUCAAUGGCGUUGGCAUCUCUGAGAAAUCUCUACACCCCAAACAUAAAGGUCAGUCGGCUGCUGAUUUUAGGAGGCGCAAAUGUGAAUUACCGCACGGAAGUUCUGAACAACGCCCCCGUGCUGUGUGUCCAGUCCCACCUGGGCUACGCAGAGAUGGUGGCCUUGCUCCUGGAGUUUGGGGCCAACGUCGAUGCAGCUUCCGAGAGCGGCCUGACCCCGCUGGGCUACGCGGCCGCCGCCGGCUUCCUGAGCAUCGUGGUGCUGCUGUGCAAGAAACGCGCCAAGGUGGAUCAUUUGGACAAAAACGGGCAGUGUGCCCUGGUGCAUGCUGCUCUCAGGGGACACUUGGAGGUGGUGAAGUUCCUGAUCCAGUGCGACUGGAGCAUGGCUGGCCAGCAGCAGGGAGUGUUCAAGAAGAGCCACGCCAUCCAGCAGGCGCUGAUUGCUGCUGCCAGCAUGGGCUACACCGAGAUCGUCUCCUACCUGCUCGAUCUUCCAGAAAAAGAUGAAGAGGAGGUGGAGAGAGCACAGAUCAACAGCUUUGACAGCCUCUGGGGAGAGACAGCUCUGACAGCGGCGGCGGGGCGCGGGAAGCUGGAGGUGUGCAGGCUGCUGCUGGAGCAGGGCGCCGCCGUGGCGCAGCCCAACCGCCGCGGGGUCGUGCCGCUCUUCAGCGCCGUCAGACAGGGACACUGGCAGAUCGUGGAUCUCCUGCUGACACACGGUGCUGAUGUGAACAUGGCAGACAAGCAGGGCCGGACGCCGCUGAUGAUGGCUGCAUCCGAGGGACACCUGGGCACUGUGGAGUUCCUGCUUGCACAAGGUGCCUCCAUUUCUCUGAUGGACAAAGAGGGCUUGACAGCGCUCAGCUGGGCCUGCCUGAAGGGCCACCUGCCCGUGGUGCGUUCCCUGGUGGAGAACGGAGCUGCCACGGACCACGCGGUUCAGUUCCUGGUGGACCAUGGGGCCAUGAUCGAGCACGUUGACUACAGUGGGAUGCGGCCCCUGGACAGAGCAGUGGGAUGCCGCAACACCUCGGUUGUCGUCACCCUCCUGAAGAAAGGAGCAAAGAUAGGUUGUCAGACGUUACCGAGUCGCCCACGAGGUCCAGCAACUUGGGCAAUGGCAACCUCCAAACCUGACAUCAUGAUCAUCCUGUUGAGCAAGCUGAUGGAGGAGGGAGACAUGUUUUACAAGAAAGGAAAAGUGAAAGAGGCUGCCCAGCGCUACCAGUAUGCUCUGAAAAAGUUCCCCAGAGAAGGGUUUGGAGAAGACCUGAAAACCUUCCGCGAGCUGAAGGUGUCGCUGCUCCUCAACCUCUCGCGGUGUCGAAGGAAAAUGAACGAUUUUGGAAUGGCGGAGGAAUUUGCCACUAAAGCACUGGAGCUGAAACCGAAGUCUUACGAAGCUUACUAUGCAAGAGCAAGGGCCAAACGCAGCAGCAGGCAGUUUUCAGCAGCCCUGGAGGACCUGAACGAGGCCAUCAAGCUGUGUCCAAACAACCGUGAGAUCCAGCGGCUGCUGAUGCGGGUGGAGGAGGAGUGCAGGCAGGUGCAGCAGCAGCAGCAGCAACAGCAGCAGCAGCAGCAACAACAACAACAGCAGCAGCAGCAGCAGCAGCAGCCAUCACCUCCACUCCCAGUGGAGCCAGAACCCGAAGCCCAGCAUGAAGAGCUGUAUUCUGUGCAAGAUAUCUUUGAGGAAGAAUACCUCGAGCAGGAUGUAGAAAAUAUUUCCAUUGGCUUACAGACAGAGUCCAGGCCAAACCAAGGGCUGCCCAUCAUCCAGAGCCCACCCCAAUCUCCAGCUCACAGGGACUCAGCCUAUAUUUCUGGCUCACCUCUUGGCUCCCAUCAGGUCUUUGAUUUCAGGUCCAACAGCUCUGUGGGUUCACCGACCAGGCAGGGAUACCAGUCCACAUCUCCUGCUCUGUCUCCAACACACCAAAACUCACAUUACAGACCCAGUCCUCCACACACAUCCCCAGCUCACCAGGGCUCCACUUACCGCUUCAGCCCCCCUCCCGUGGGAAGCCAGGCCAAGGAGUAUCAGAGCCCGCCGCCGUCUCCGCUGCGCCGAGGCCCCCAGUACCGCGCCAGUCCCCCCGCAGACAGCAUGAGCGUGUACCGCUCCCAGUCCGGCUCCCCUGUGCGCUACCAGCAGGAGCCCAGCGCCGUCUCCCAGCUGCCCGGCAGGCCCAAGUCUCCCCUGUCCAAGAUGACGCAGAGAUCCUUCCAGAUGCCCCAGCUCCCCGUGGCCGUGCCGCAGCCGGGGCUGAGGCUGCAGCCAGCCAAGGCGCAGAUCGUGAGGAGCAACCAGCCCAGCUCUGCCGUCCAUUCCAGUACUGUCAUCCCAACUGGUGCCUACAGCCAGGUUGCCCACUCGAUGGCCAGCAAGUACCAGUCAUCAUCAGGGGACAUGGGGGUCAGCCAGAGCCGCCUGGUGUACCAGGGCUCCAUCGGGGGCAUUGUGGGUGACAGCAGGCCCGUGCAGCACGUGCAGGCGAGUCUCAGCGCCGGAGCCAUCUGUCAGCAUGGAGGGCUGGCCAAAGAAGACCUUCCACAGAGACCAUCCUCGGCCUACAGAGGGGGGAUGAGAUACAGCCAGACGCCUCAGAUUGGGCGGAGUCAGUCCGCCUCCUACUAUCCGGUGUGCCACUCAAAACUUGAUCUGGAGCGUUCUUCCCUCCCCGCCAACCAGCUGGGCUCUCCAGAUGUGUCUCACCUCAUAAGAAGGCCCAUCUCAGUCAAUCCCAGCGAAAUCAAGCCUCACCCACCGACUCCAAGGCCUCUUCUCCACUCUCAGAGCGUUGGCCUCCGCUUCUCCCCUUCCAGCAAUAGCAUCUCCUCCACCUCCAACCUGACUCCCAACUUUCGCCCCUCUGCCUCGAUUCAGCAAAUGGAGAUCCCCCUGAAGCCAGCCUAUGACAGAUCGUGCGAUGAGCUGUCCCCGGUGUCGCCCACGCAGGGGGGCUACCCCAGCGAGCCAGCCCGCUCCCGGACCACGCCGUUCAUGGGAAUCAUCGAUAAAACUGCUCGGACUCAGCAGUACCCCCAUCUCCAUCAGCAGAACCGGACCUGGGCUGUGUCUUCAGUGGACACUGUCAUUAGUCCUACGUCUCCUGGCAAUCUGCCCCAGCCGGAAUCCUUUAGCCCACCCUCUUCAAUCAGCAACAUUGCCUUUUAUAACAAAACCAACAAUGCACAGAAUGGCCAUUUGCUAGAGGAAGACUAUUACAGCCCCCAUGGGAUGCUGGCCAAUGGGUCCCGGGGAGACCUCCUGGAGAGAGUCACCCAAGCCUCCUCAUACCCCGACGUCAAGGUGGCAAGGACGCUGCCCGUGGCGCAGGCCUACCAGGAUAACCUGUACAGGCAGCUCUCCAGGGACUCCAGGCAAGGGCAGACGUCCCCAAUCAAACCAAAGAGACCAUUUGUGGAGUCUAAUGUGUAAAAGACACUUGUUGGAGUGAGACCCUCAUGUUUUCAGCACACACUUCCAAGCUUGAUUUCCAUGCAUACUAUUAUAAUUAUUAUUAUUACUAUUAUUAUUUUUAUUUCUCUUUGAUAGCUACAUGAUCAAGUUUCUCCGGUACUUUAUGUGGUGGUCAGACAGCCAUGCACGUGCUCCAGCCCUUUUGUUCCCCAGCUGACUGUGAAGCCAACAUCAGCCGAGCCAGUAUCAUUUGCCCAAUUCCAGCAAAGUUCCAGCCAGGAUAUCUUAGUCCAUGGUGUGGGGUGGUCCAGAGAUAUCCCUACGCAGCAGGAGGUAACCAGCUCUUUUUCAAGAGACAAUUGCCUUGGAUUUUUAAAUUGGUUUCUUUUGUCUCAAUGAUCUCUUACUCAACUCUGAUGGGAAUUCCUAGGGAAUUCCACAGGAGCCUUUCCCAAGGCUGCAUCCCCAGGUCCCCGUGCCAGCCAGGUUGUUUAGCUCUUUGCCCCAAGGAGGGGAUUGCCCUCAGUGAUGUGAUUUAACACCAGUAGCUAUGCACAGCACCCACAAUACCCAUUCUGAUUCUGCUGGCUUACAGUGCUUUCCUUCCUUAUUUAACUUGGUCAGAAGGGGUGGGGAUCACACAGCACUUUGCUGCUUUCCAAGUACCUACCAGGUGCCCUCACACUGAUUUCUUUGCUCUGGGGCAUUUUACAAGCAUUGAGGGUGUAAGGUUGGCCCUUUGUUAUAUGUUUUAAUCAGCCAAGGGAGUUGGCCAUGAACUGGGACUGCACUAACUUCUUCACACUGUUGGCAGACUUCACCUCACCCACAGCAUUUGCACGGGGCAAGUCAGUGUUGGGGACUUCAUCUGGGAGGGGGUUUAUUACUUGCGAGGAAGAGCAAAAAUCUGACUUAGGAAAUGGUAUUCAAAGAGGAAAAUUGCAAUUCUUGAUUUUUCUUUACUUUUUUUUUUUUUUUUAUGAUGAGGUUGUAGAACAUGGCAUGAUGGGCCCAAAAGAGGAAGGGUCCUUCUGCAGUCCCAGGCCUGCAGCAUCCCUUCCCUCUGGCUCGGUCCUGCCAGGGAGCAGGGGCUGUAGCAAGGGCUGUGCUCCUCUAAGAUUCUCUGUUCCCAAAAUCCUGGAAAGGGACACCGUGUUCCAUAUCUGUACAUGGUAGAAACCAUGUGUUGCUUUUUGAGAAGCUGUAGUUCAGAGAGACCUAUUUAUAAUUUAUUUAUGUUAUCUAUUUCAGGACAUUUUCCAGUUCAGGUUGGGUUUUUUUCUGUUAUUUUCAGUUUUGUAAUCAAAUGCAAGUCACAUCAAGACAGCACGAAAAGCAGGGGCCGGUUCCAAAAUCCUUUUUAUAGGAUUUUCAAAAAAUUUUUUUCAAUUAGUUGCUGAAAAUUUCUUUUGAGGUGGGGGGAAGAACUUCCUUUACCGAUUCCUUUGUUCCUGGUGGGUUUGUAAUCUGCCUUUUGUGUUCUGAGGGUGAAGGGUGGGAUGAUGGGAGGGAGAGUGAUAACGCUGUAGCUUGUUUUAAAGCAAACUAGUGCCUGUUGCCCAAUGCCAAACCUCACUCAUAUCAACUCUGGGGAGCGAUUCAGUGCUGAGCAGGGGAGUGAUACCUCCAAAGGGCUACUGAGAAUCGAUUGCAGGACUUCUUGAACCAAAUCACGGGCUCCAGCCUCCGCUGGUGUGAGUGAGCAUAUCCCAGCAACACAUCACUGCAGCUGCACCCUUUCACACCAGCUCAGGACAGGGUCUGGAACUCUUUAAGCAAAGCCUGGCUUUGAUGGGGCUUUUUUCUUUUCCCUGUGUGUGGCUCAGCACAUCUCAUUGCUAUCUCAUUGCCUGACUUGCUCAGAGCAAGCUGGGACAUGCACACCUUGGGCCAGGGGAGGCUUGUGUCUCAUAGACACAUGGAGAGCAUUUGGAAAAGGGGGUUCCUCUAUGAGUUUUGGCAGUUUUGGGACACCCCAGGGGCCAUUUGGUCUUUGUCAAAGCGAGUAUUUGGAUUGAGAUUGGUGUUUUCUUCCUUGAGGUGCAACCCAAUGCUGACUCUGCUUUAUCCCAGGGCUCUGUAAAAUGGGGGCUGGCUGGGACCCCUUCACUGUGGGAACACCCAGGUCUGUGCAUGGUUUCUCUCCUUGCAGAUGGGGUGUGAUGGUUUUCUUUCUUCCUUUCAUUUCUGAAAUAACAUGCUCUGUAUUGUAAGGAAUAACUGAUUUCUCCUCCGCAUCCCACAUGCCCAUAGCUGGGAGACGUGUCCUGGGUCUGGAGCAGCAUCAGUCACUUUGCUUAGUGCCUCUCAUCCUCCAGCUUUCUGCCUGAGUGAGUGGCUUCCUACCUUUGGCUGCUUCUUUGAAAGGAAAAAGCAGCGCAGUCCAGCCCUGUGCCUGUUAGCUGGCCGUGGGUGCUCCUCUCCCCUGCCACGCCAGCAGGGGCAGUGACAGAGCUGCCCACGCUCUGCUUUCGCCACUCACUGCCCUGUGCUCCCAGUCCUGUCCUUCAGAACAUCCCCCCGCAGCACUCCUGUGUGCAACUGCCCAGCUUCUGAAGAUGUUGUAAGAGAAAACAGCUCACGCUUUUAACACAACCACAAAGCUGAAGAAGGCUUGAAACACUGCAGCAUGCAGGUUUUUUCACAAUUCCACGUGUUACAUUUUCCACGGGAUUCUUGCACUAAUGGUUUUCCAUCUGUUCUCUCUGUAAAUGGGUGCACUUUACUGUUUGGAUUUGUUACUAUGAUAAAUACUGGAUAUUUAAGCGUGAGUAGUGUCUUCAUUAGAGAAAUAGCAAAACAGCUCAUGUCUCUUAGUGUAUUUUUCAAAAAAAAGAAGAAGAGAAAAGAAACAAAGCAAUGAAUCAUAACAUUUAUAGCACAAGAACUGAUUCCUGUAUAUAAGCAUCAACAGAUUGAGUAAUUUUUGAAUACAAAAUUAUUUGCAGUGGUUUUAAAGCACUUCCCUGGCAAUUCUCUUAGGGACAGUUGAGGCAGGAUGGCUGCUGUGGCCACCAGGUGGGUAAGAAGCACAUUUCUUCCUGGAAAAGCUGUUCUUGCUCAGUCCCCUACGUCUUCAAAGUCAUGAUUUGGUCUUUGCAUUAGGAGAAGCAGAGGUCAUUCUGUGUUGUGCUGGCGUGGCCCCAGUGUGCUUGGGGGAGCACAAGGUCAGAUCUCACUCUGAGGGCCCUUCAUCCUCUACUCUUAGAUCUGGGUCUGACAAGAUCAGGCCACACUGUGGGAUCUCACUCAGUUUCAGACAUUGAGCUGUCCUGUAUGUCUGUGCUGUGUAUUUAAUUACUUUUUGAGUAAUUAAGAUGCAGGUCAAUGCUGCCAGCUGGUGCCUUCAUGCCCUCCUGACUGCGGUGGUACCACUGGCAAGCCCCACCUUCGAGCAAGCAGGAUUUUGGGUCCACCAAGAAAAGCAGGUUCUUGAUGACACUGAAACUCCAGUUUUCAUUCUUGGGGUACAUGCAGAAGGCAGUGCCAGAAGUGAUGCUGAAGCUGACCCCUUUCUUUAGCCAACCUUCCCACCAGGUGUCUCUCAUCCUCACCUGUGGCUGCUCUGAGACCCAGGUGUGCUGCCACAGAGCUGGAAUCUUCUCUCCCAGCAUCAGGUGUGGGUGUCUGCCCCAUCCAUCUGUGAGGAUUCAUUGGCUCUUGCUUUUCUCCCACGUUAGGAGGAUGCUGUGGUCCCAGGGGAGUGGACACCCACGUGGUGGGGGGCUCUGCAGGGCCCCACCAGCCAGCUGGGAGUGGCAUCAGAGGGCUUUGGACACAGUCUUGAGUGGGCAUCAAAGUGUUGAGGAAAAGGAAGGUUUUACAAAGAGAGAUCCUUUCAAGAUCCAUCUCCAAAGGAGGUACAGCCUGAGCUGCCUUCUCUGUGUCACUGGGUGGGAGGACUGUGAUGGUUCCAACAAUCUGAAAUGUGUGUCUGUCCAUCUGUCUGUCUGCUGUGGCACCAGUGCCCAGCUCAGUCUGUCUGAGCACUGAAUUUUUGGUUAUUUUUCUUUUACCUGGCUGCGAGGAAAACCGCGUGGCUGGUGUGAACGUGUGAGCGUGCGUUUGCCAAACCCUGGAGUCGUGCUGGGAUUAGGUCUGGAACCAGGCUGGGUGGUAAACUGGGAGCGGUUCGGUCUCCUUUGCAAAGGCUGCUGUAUAUUCAGGGUUACCCAGGAGAAGUCUAGCUAAAACCGAAGUGCCAGCUCUGCCUUAUCUAGAGAACCAAGCAAGCCAGCGUGCCUGCUCGUGCUCCGCCUCGCUCGCCCGCGGGGGUCCCCAGUGCGCUGCCGCGAGCUCCUUGGUGGUUGUGCUUUGCUGUACUCUUGGCAAUUCAAGGGAACUACUGGUUUAUCAGCCUUUACCCAAGGGCUUAGGGAAAGAGCUGCUGUACCUGCUGGGACCUCUGCAAAUCAAAGCCUUCACCCCAUGCCGGCUGCGCUUCGCAGGCUGGUGGAGGGUGUGUUGGACACAAAGCACAAUGGUUGAAAGUGAAUCUGCGUUUUUUUCAGCUUUAUGUGAAUAAUUGCUGGAUUUUCAUUCAAUCAAACUCUUUUUUCUAAUAUAAACCACUAAGGGCUCAAUUCUUUAGCAAGAUGCAUUCGUGUCCAACUCUUGACUCUACAGCUGGAUCUCACCAAACUGGUACAGACCGACCCAAGAGGUCACAGCGAGCGCGGCCGUCACGGGGAAAGCCAACAGACACCCAACCCACCAGCUGUGUCCUUCCUCCUGCUCCUUUUCUAGCUGUCACGGUACUGGGGAGUCAGCAGCCAGGUCCCACCUGAUGGGAUCACAUCCUGUGGCUGUGAAAACAGAGGGCUGCUUUGCUAAAAGACUUUGUCCCUUUGGGUGAUGCUGUCCAGGGACGGCGCUGGGGAGGCACGUCGGGGUGGGAAUGGGCAGGUGGGAAAGCCUGGUGCCCAUAGAGCUGGGUCCCCACAGGUCUGCCUCGCUGUGCACUGCUCAGCCAGCCACUGAGAGCAGCACUGUGUGCUACAUAAAGUCCAUUGUGUUGCUCCACUGAUAAGCCAGAGACUCGUGUGGACUCUGCCAGUACUGCCGGGCUCAUCCCUGUCCAGCCUUUUCUUUGCCAUAGUGUUGCAUUCAGCGUUCCAUCUCCUUUCUGUCUUCACACCCUGGAGGAUCUGAGUUGGGUACAAACACGUCCACUACACCUGCCUUGUGCUUUGUACAACUGCCUGGUUGCCAUCCUCUGAGACACUUGCUGGGAAGAUCUUUAAGACACUUAAAUUUUCCUUUAGCUUUUCUAUAAUUCAGAUGUAAAGGACUUUCUCUCUGUACAGUAUAUUAUCCAAUGCAUGUUCUGUUCUCUCUGAUAUAUUGAACACCACACAGUUGUGAUAUUGUGCAGUGGGAAGAGCAGCCCCUGCCAGCAGCAGAGGCCUUCGCCUCUCAUCUCUAAGGAAAGAAGAAAACAUAUUUUUUCCUUUGCUGUAUUUGCUUGAGCAGAGUUUUCUUGUCUGUACAUGUGAGCUGUGAGAUAGAUGUGAAAAGUUCAAAAGAAUGCAUUCCCCCCCCCCAAUGUAUACAGAUUGUAAUCUGUACAAUGAAAACUGUAUGUAUGAAAAAAUGUACCUAUUUAUAAAUGGUUAACACUUGGAAA